AGAACAGUUACACUCCUGUGAUCUUCAUCUCUUAACUCUGCUCAAGCCCAGCUAUCGCUACCAUGUCCCAGAGCAUUCGCCAGACCACCUACAGCAGCUCCUACCGGGGCGUGGGUAGUGGACUCGGUGGCGGGAGGGUCUCCUUCAAAUCUCCAAGUGUCCACGGUGGCUAUGGGGGGCAAGGUGUUUCCGUGUCUUCUGCCCGCUUGGUCUCCUCCGGAUACGGUGGUGGUCUAGGCAGUGGUUUUGGUAGCGGCUAUGGCUCUGGUGGCAGCUAUGGCUCUGGUGGCGGGUAUGGAGGCAGCUACAAUGUCAGCGUGUCAGGGGAUGGCUUGCUGUCUGGCAGCGAGAAGGAGACCAUGCAGAACCUGAACGACCGCCUGGCCAGCUACCUGGACAAGGUGCGUUCUUUGGAAACGGCCAACUCAGAUCUAGAGGUGAAGAUCCGGGAGUGGUACGAGAAGCAAGGACCCAGCACGACCCGAGACUACAGCCCCUACUUCAAGGUCAUCGAGGACCUCAGAGAUAAGAUCCUUGCUGCUACCAUUGACAACUCCAGGGUUGUGCUGCAGGUGGACAAUGCCAGGCUGGCAGCUGAUGACUUCAGAACUAAGUUUGAGAAUGAGCUUGCUCUUCGCCAGAGUGUGGAAGCCGACAUCAAUGGACUACGUAGAGUGCUGGAUGAACUAACCCUGGCCAGAACUGACCUGGAGCUCCAGAUUGAAAACCUGAAGGAGGAACUGGCUUACCUAAAGAAGAACCAUGAGGAGGAAAUAGGCGCAUACACUGGACAAACUAGUGGACAACUCAGUGUUGAAGUGGACUCGGCACCAGGUAUAGAUUUGACAAAGAUUUUGAAUGACAUGAGAGAACAGUAUGAACAUAUGGCUGAGAAGAAUCGCAAGGAUGCCGAAGCCUGGUUCUUCAGCAAGACUGAUGAAUUGAACAAGCAAGUCCACGUACACACGGAACAGCUACAGACCACCAAGACAGAAAUCACAGAUCUCCGACGCACACUUCAAGGCUUGGAGAUAGAGCUACAGUCCCAACUCAGUAUGAAAUCAUCGCUAGAAGGAACCCUCACAGAUACAGAACAGCGGUAUGGUGUACAACUGGCACAAAUACAGACACACAUUGGCAAUUUAGAGGCACAACUCGGUAAUCUGCGGUCAGACAUGGAACGUCAGAACUAUGAGUACAAACAGCUCCUAGACAUUAAAAUACGUCUUGAACAGGAGAUUUCCACAUAUCGCCAACUCCUGGAAGGACACGAUACACAGUUGGUGGUGGGCACAACAAAAGACAGCAUUAAAAUUGAAAGAAAAUGAGAAUACCCUGUUAGGAGUUAAGACAGCUGCCACACGAGAAGACCCUCCUUUCUUUCCGCACUUAAAAUGGCGUAAGCCGCGGCUACUAGACAAGGAUCUGUUGACUGGGCCUGCAGAUCGUGAUGAAUGGUCAACAUCUAUGCAAUGUGAAUGAACCAAAAGCUUGCUUUUCUAGUCUGUCUUGCUUUAGCUGUCUAAUAAAUAGAAUUCUUUUGGGUCAAGCAUUA